UCACUUUUUAUUGUAUGUUUCGUUCUUAUAUACGAAAAGUACAUCAUUUUAAAUUCGUUAUGUUGGUACUAGCCCGGCAGCCUCUACCAAGCAGCAACGUGAGGAGACCUUAAAGGCUCGUUUCCACCUUCUUUUCACAACUCUGAGUAUGAACUAGUGAUCGGAUUUCCUUCCAAGUCGUGGUUGUGAUACAGUAGACAUCUUGAAAGUUACCGAUUCCGCCUGAAUUUCAAGUUAGAUAUAAACAAGUUGUAUGUGGCUAUCAUGUCUGAUUUCUUUGUAAUUGUGGAAUUGUUAAUUGCAAAUGCAAGCAAUGAUAUUCUCCCAAAAGUCAUUGUUCCUCAGGCAUACAUUGAAGAAAAAGGGGAUAAAACGUUUGUUAAAUAUUUACCUCCACCAUACAAAGCUGAGGAUAAAGAAUUCAUUGAAGGUUUUGUGAAAGAGAAGCUUCAACCACCACCUAAUUUUAGGUUGAUCGAAUGUCAUGUUUUAAAUUUUGCUGCUACAUACCAACUAGCCAAACUUUAUUUGCAACCCAUGCUAAAUAAACCAUCAACCAAUGUAAGUUUAACGUCAACUUCAACUCAAGAUCUCCUUCUGAAAGUUCCAGGUUUAGGUGAAAAUUUUCAAGGAAAAGCUGGAAAUGUAAGGAAGGAAACUUCUAAAUCAAAUAAAAGGACCUUCAAGCCUAAUAUCCCUGAUUCAGCUAAGAGAUUUAAACAAAGUAAUGAAUCAAUAGAAUCAGGAUUAACUUGCAAUUCAGAAGCCAACAAUGAUGCCGCACAUAUUGUGCAAAAAGAAAAUAUCUCCCAAAAUGCACAGAAAGAUAGUGAUCUUUUCUUGAAUACUGUUGAUGCUCCGUCUACUUCAAAUGUAGGCCCUCGCUUUGCUUCAGCAAACACAGCUUCUAGUAGAAACAGAGCAAUUAUGAGCCCAGAGUUAAUUGCUUUAGAAAAAAAUAUUAAAAUUUUGUUGGAAAAAUCCAUUUCUUCUAAAUUGGUAGAUUUGCAAGUGCAGAUACACGAAGUAAAAGCACUUGCUGCUGAAAGAGCUUCAUCAAAUCCUCUGAAUAAUAAUAUACUGACAUGGUCUGAGUAUAUAAAAAAACACGACAAUAUUAGUUUUCCUAUUGAUUCAUUACAAGAUUUUGAUCGAUUCAAUGUUCUCCUUCAACAAAAUGAAAAUGAUAUUUUCACCGAUACAAUACAUCUGUUCAAGUGUACGACGUAUGUCGCAGAUGGCCUAAAGGCCAACGUGUACGUGCACUUAAAAAAAUUUAUAACUAAUAAUGUUAUAAAAAAUUAUACGUGCCAAAAACAAUCUAGCAAAUUUCCUGAAAAAAAAAUAUUUAUCAAAGAAAAAUUUUAUGAGAGCUUACGAGAUGGAUUUUAUGAAUCGUUUGGUCCUAUUAAAGAAGUAAAUCUAUGGACUUCUAUCAGUGCAGCUUUUAAUAAUGCUCCAGAUUGGGCUGGGGGUCGCGAUGAAAGAAGACCAAACUAA